UCUUAUAACUCCUACUAAAACUAUUAUUUAGCUGUGGCUGGGGUUGUAAAAAGACCCAACUUUGGCUUGGGCUGGGGCCCCAGUCACUCACUACACACAAGUGUGGAACCACUAAACUAAAAACUUUUUUUUUUUUUUUUUACGCUUGUUUUUUUUUAUUUUUUCAAAUUUGUUUAUGUUUUUUUUUAUACACAUGUUGUACAGUAAAAAUGAAGAUGGAAGCAAAGUUUAAAAAAUUUGCUGUAGUUGAAUUUCUUGAUGAAAAAAAAAGCAUGUGUGCCAUGGACGUUAUCUGUUUGUCAUGGCUGAUCAAUAAAAGUUUAGUGCGUUGGCCAAAUCACUUGCGAUCAUUUCGCCUUUUAACUGCCAUACGCGAAGUAACACUUACUCCUGUAAGUAACUGGAAACAGCUAAAAAUAAGAGUUCUUUAUUAUUCUGACAGUUAUGAAACUGCUGUAGAACAAAUGGAAAUGUUAGAGUUCACAUCAAGCGUUGAAACAGCUGCUAAUAGCGAUGAAAAAUUGUCCAUGCCACCAGCUAAAAAGUUAGCAGUUUGUAAUACAAUUGACACUGAGGAGACAUAUCCAUCAGUUUCCCCAAGAUUGAAGAAAUCUUUUAAUUGCCAAAAUAUUUUACAACCCACAACUGUUCAAUAUAUUGAGCUAUUUAGUUCGAAUCGUUCUCUACUGAUAUUUUCCUCUUCUGAUCAGAGCUUGGAAGCUGUUGUGGCUGCUUUAGGCACCUGAUUUCCUGGUAAAGGAUUACCUUGAUGGGUUAUUUAU